AUGCGUUUCUCUUUCUUCACUCUUGCUGCUGCUACCGUUUGCUUGGCUGCUGGUGCUUUUGCUGCUGCUCCUAAUGCUUCUGCUGAGUCUGGUGCCUCUGUUGCUGUUGCUGCUGAACGUCACUCUAAUAGCGUUGCAGCAUCUGCCCCCUCCUCUGUUGCUGCUAUGCAAUCUGCCCCUGCUGUCCAAAGCAGUGCCGCCGCUGUAUUCGUUGAAAAGAAUGACGAGAUUGACGAAGAUACCAUGGAGACCAUCCAACUCGGUGCUCUCGAAGACAUUGCAAGUCUUCUUGUGAGUCUUCUUGCCGGCAUCCUUAAGGCUGUCAUCCAUCUUGUCCUUGGUGGUCUUGGUUUGGACAUGACCAAUGCCCAAGUCGAACAAGUUCAACAAGAAGCUCUCGAACAAAUCCAAGCUUUGGGUGGUGUUGAUACUUUGAAGCAAACUGUCCGCGCUGGUGGUCUCCAAGGCUUGAUCGAUUUCAUUGUCAAUGUUGUUAUUCCCAUCAUUAAAAAGAUCAAAGAUGCUGCUGGUGGUGCUGCUCCUACUGGCCUGUAA